ACUCCUCAAACACCCACAACUGUACAGCUGAAUGACCACAUCGUUGCUGCUCUAAUAACAGAAAACACUUUCAUGGCUGAGCAGAAAAAUCUUGAAAAGAGCUUAGAGGAAGACAGGGGAGUUGAAAGCAAGAAGAAGACAAAGAAACACAAAGACCAAACAUGGGCUAAAGAAGGGCCGCAAGACCCUUUUGAAAUGCUGGACUCUCUUUCUGAGGAGAAGCAACAAGAGAUUCAGAAAGCCCUACACCUGUUUUCUUUUGGCCAUGGGCCUCCAAAGAACCUACGAGAGGCUCAGAGACACACAUACCGCUUUUGGGAUACUCAGCCAGUCCCUAAGAUAGAUGAGAAAGUGACAUCACAUGGACCAAUAGAAUCAGAUAGGCCCAGUGUUCGAGAAGAGCCCUUUUCACUGCCACAAGAAUUCAUUUGGGACACACUCAACCUGGACAACCAAGAGCAGCUGAGAGAACUGUGUGACUUGCUGAAUGAAAACUACACAGAGGAGGAUGACAACACACUUCGUCUGCACUACUCUCCACAGUUCUUGCUCUGGACUUUGUGCCCCCCUGGAUGGCAAUCACAGUGGCAUUGUGGAGUUCGAGUUAAGUCAAGUCAAAAACUAGUGGGAUUCAUAAGUGCCAUUCCUGCUACCAUUAAAGUAUUAGACACAGAGCUAAAGAUGGUGGAGGUGAACUUCCUGUGUGUACACAAAAAACUUCGCUCAAAAAGAGUGGCACCAGUCCUAAUCAAGGAGCUCACCAGACGGGUUCAUCAGCAGGGUAUAUCUCAAGCAAUCUUUAGCACCAGUGCGGUCCUACCAAAACCUAUUGCAAGUUGUAGGUAUUGGCACAGGUCACUAAACCCACGCAAGCUGAUUGAGCUGAAUUUCUCUUCUCUCACUCGUAACAUGACCCUGCAGCGUGCCAUCAAGCUUAAUCGGCUCCCUGAGUCAACAAAAACCACAGGCCUUCGCCCCAUGACUUUGCAGGAUAUGCCAGUGGUUCAGGCUCUUCUGAAAGAACAUCUAAAGGCGUUUCAUCUUUCUCCUUCCCUGACUCUGGAGGAUAUUGAGCACUGGCUUCUGCCUAAAGAUGGUGUGAUUGACACAUAUGUUGUGGAGAGCAUGGCCGAGACCAUAACUGACAUGGUGAGUUUCUACACACUUCCCUCACUGGCUCUGAACCACCCUGUGCAUAAAGGCUUGAAGGCAGCCUGUGUUCUUUAUUGCAUCAGCAAGGCCACCCCACUGCUGCAGCUAAUGAAGGACAUCCUUAUCAUCUGUAAAGCAAGAAAGUUUGAUGUGUUUUCUGCUCUGGAUAUAAUGGAUAAUAAGUCUUUUUUGGAGCCCCUUAAGUUCAGAAUGGGAGAUGUACACAAGCAUUAUUACCUUUACAAUUGGAGAUGCCCUGAGAUGGCCUCAGACAAGGUGGGUGUUGCGCUGAAGUAAAGGCAUUUUGGGCACAAAUGGACAAUGAAAAUACACAAGCAAUCAUAUAGCACACUUUUCUUACAUAUUAAAUAAAUCAUAAUUUCUCAUUUUGAAA